ACAAUCCCCCAAGCUCAGGAGGUGUAAAAUGUCCAACAGCAGCUCCCUCAGUGAGUUCCUCCUCCUGGUGUACGCUGAUACCCGGGAGCAGCAGCUCUUGCACUUCUGGCUCUUCCUGGGCAUCUACCUGGCUGCUCUCCUGGGCAACGGCCUCAUCAUCACAGCCGUAGCCUGUGACCACCGCCUCCAUACGCCCAUGUACUUCUUCCUCCUCAACCUCUCCCUCCUCGACCUUGGCUCCAUCUCCACCACUGUCCCCAAAUCCAUGGCCAAUUCCCUGUGGAACAUCAGGUCCAUUUCCUACUCAGGAUGUGCUGCCCAGGUCUUCCUGGUUUUCUUCUUGUUUUCAGCAGAGUAUUCUCUCCUCACUGUCAUGGCCUAUGACCGCUACGUUGCCAUCUGCAAUCCCCUGCACUAUGGCACAAUCAUGGACAGCAGAGCUUGUGUCAGAAUGGCAGCAGCUGCGUGGGCCAGUGGGUUUCUCAAUGCUCUCCUGCACACUGGAAACACAUUUUCACUUCCGCUCUGCCAAGGCAACACAGUGGACCAGUUCUUCUGUGAAAUUUCCCAGAUCCUCAAGCUCUCCUGCUCUGACUUCUACAUCAGGGGAGUUGAGCUUCUUGGGAUUAUUAGCUGUUUAGUGUUUGGAUGUUUCGUUUUCAUUGUGCUGUCCUAUGUGCAGAUCUUCAGGGCUGUGCUGAGGAUCCCCUCUGAGGAGGGCCAGCACAAAGCCUUCUCCAUGUGCCUCCCGCACCUGGCCGUGGUCUCCCUGUUUCUCAGCACCGUCAUGUUUGCCUACCUGAAGCCACCUUCUAUCUCCUCCCCAGUUCUGGAUUUGGUGCUGGCUGUUCUGUACGCAGUGGUGCCUCCAACAGUAAACCCCCUCAUCUACAGCAUGAGGAACAAGGAGCUCCAGCAGGCACUGAGGAAACUAAUCCAGAUGGUACUAGUUCAGCAGCAAUGA